UGCAAGACCCGUGCUACCGGGUGGCAUGCCCGUCCACGGCCACAUGCACGGUGCAGUACGGGCAGCCGGUGUGUGUGUGUGGGGCGGGGCAGGUGCUGGUGAACAACGCCACGUGCCAGCCCGACCCCUGCAGCAGCGGCACCAUCACGUGCCCGGGCAACCUCGUGUGUGAUGGCUCUUCUGGCACUGCUCAGUGCGCCUGCCCCACCGGCCUCGUAGCCGUCAGUGCAGAUACCUGCGUCCCGCCGGUGUGUGUGGGGGCGGUGUGCCCAGCGCAGGCGACAUGUGCGGUGGACGGGAGUGGGUACCCGUUCUGCCAGUGCCCCACGGGGUGGUACCUGGGCAGCAACGUGUGUGUGCAGGGCACGCCCGCUGCCGUGUCAGCCACCAGCCUGGCGAUCUACAACACGGCGUCCUACAGCAGCACGCCCCCCGCGUUGGGCCCCACGCUGGUGCGCACGGGGCUGCCCGCCAACUCGUCGCGGGGCAGCUGUGUGGACAUCCCCGGCGGCAUUGCAGCGGUGUCGCUGCGCGUGCUGUGGAACGUGCCGGACAGCAUGGGGGCGCCCAAGCAGUCGUGCGGGCUGCUGUGGUUCUGGACCAGCGCCUCCUGCUACGGCUCUGCCACCGGCUACUACCGCCCUGCCGGGGACGUCACCAACUUCGCGUCAGUGCUCCACCCCCCACCCUGCCCCCACCUGUUCUUCCUUUCUCUCAAUGCUAGCACCGUGCUUCCUUUCUCCCAGUGCUAG